UUCUGGUUGCGGCCGGAUCAUAGAAGGGUGUGAGCGCGGGUCCAGAUACACCUGUCAGAGCUGGGAGCUUCCCGAAGAGCGCGCUGGCCUGUUCUUGAGUGGUCGGAGGUCUCCAGGAGCCCUCAGCAUCCCUUCUUUCUCAGUCACACACCCCAGCCUCACGCGUUAGGCGUCCCCCCAACAGACGGUGAGCCGGUGGCGGGAGGGUGGAAGUGGACGUAGCUCACUGCCUCGCAUGUCACUGGAGAGCCAAAGCUUCUUUCUCAGCUGCCGGAGACCACGUAGAAGCUUGGGGAAUUCUGCCUGCCGGUUCUCCUUAGGAAGAAGAGAAGAUUACUACUUUUCUCUCAAUUGGCAUUAUGUUUGGAGAGAAGUAUAUAUUACAAAGUGCUCGAAGGCAAGAGAGAAUUCAAAGGCUCAGAGCAGAGCUAGAGAGCUUUUUACAGAGACGCCCUUUGGAAGAGACGGGAUAUAUACUGUCAAGUCCUAGAGGAAUUCUACCAUUUCUUCUCCGCCCUGAAGAGACUUGGAAAUUAAUGGGUAACAUUUUGCGUGAAAUUACUGGAUGCUUUUCUUCUUAUCUCUGAGGCCUUCUGUGGAGAAUUAAUAGGAGGUUGAAUGCACGCAUGGAUAAAAUGGAUCAUCUUAAAGGAUUGAAGUUCCAAAAAUACAUCAGCAGGACUGGACAGGUUUGACAUAAUGAGGUUUCUAUUUUAGCUUGACUUCUGGAACUCUGAAUAAACUAUAAACCGAGCUACACAAGGUCCUGGAGAGGAAGUUUCUCUUCUAAAAUAUUCUGCCUGCAUCUAACCUUUUUCUUAUUCAGAUCCUUUGAAAAAAUAUAUUUACUCAUCCAUUUCCUGAAGAAUAAGGCAAUUAGACACUUACAAACUUGUAAUAUAUGAAGUAAGAUAGAAAGCAGCAAGUUGUAUCAUACUGGCAAAGAAGUUUAGUUAAAGAAACAGACCCAGAGAGAGGAGAAAUCUCUGCAUAAGCACAGGGUGAGAUGGCUGAAGCAUCUGUGGAUGCCACAACUCUGCCUGUAACCGGGAAGAAAAAGAAAAGUCUAUCCAUUGAAGAAAAGAUCGAUAUCAUAAAUGCAGUAGAAAGCGGCAAGAAAAAAGCAGAGAUUGCAGCUGAAUAUGGAAUAAAGAAAAAUUCAUUGUCUUCUAUUAUGAAGAAUAAAGACAAAGUUCUAGAAGCCUUUGAAUCUCUGAGGUUUGAUCCAAAGAGAAAAAGACUGAGAACUGCUUUUUACACAGAUCUGGAAGAGGCAUUAAUGAGGUGGUAUCGAAUUGCUCAGUGUCUGAAUGUACCAGUUAAUGGUCCAAUGUUGCGUCUAAAGGCUAAUGAUUUUGCCCAGAAACUGGGACAUAAUGAUUUCAAGUGCAGUAACGGUUGGUUGGAUCGCUUUAAAUCCAGGUACGGUUUAGUGUUCAGAGCUCAACCUGCCGAAGCUACUGGUGUAUCAGUAGACCCUUCAACUGUCUGGCACCAAAACAUACUUCCUUAUUAUUUAAAUGAUUAUCAUCCUAAAAAUGUUUUUAAUGUAAAAGAGACUGCGCUGCUUUAUCGAAUGUUACCUACAAAAACAUUUGCAUUUAAAGGGGAAACUUGCUCUAUUGGAAAGUUAUGCAAAGACAGAAUAACUCUGGUGGUUGGGACAAACAUGGACGGCUCAGAGAAACUUCCUUUGCUUGUCAUUGGAAAAAACAAAAAUCCACAUUGUUUCAAAGGCAUAAAGUCCUUGCCUGUGUAUUAUGAAGCUAACAAAAUGGCAUGGAUGACCUCAGAUGUAUUUGAACAAUGGAUGCGGAAGCUUGAUGAGAAAUUUCAAGCUGAGCAUAGAAGAGUGGUGAUUUUUGUCGAAUCUUUUCCAGCACACCCAGAGGUAAAAAACCUAAAGUCCAUCGAGUUAGCGUUUUUUCCAUCAUGUUUAUCUUCCAAAUUUAUAGCUAUGAAACAAGGUGUCAUUAAAAGCCUUAAAAUCAAGUACCGACACUGUCUUAUUAAGAAAUUUUUAAGCUCUGUUGAAGGCAGCAAAGAAUUUACCUUCUCCCUGCUAGAUGCAGUUGACACAUUGCAUCUCUGCUGGAGGGCUGUAACCCCACAGACUAUUGUGAAGAGCUAUGAAGAGGCAGGGUUCAAAUCGCAACAGGAAGAAAGCGACAAGACAGAUGCAGAGACGGACACUGGUCUUGAUUUGGUUGCCCCCGCCCAGGCGGCAGGAGUGGAAUUUCCUGAAGGCUUAUCGAUCGAAGAGUAUGCUGCCCUGGAUGAUGAUUUAGAGACAUGUGACGCAGCACCCAGUGGUGAUGCUGAAUGGACCAAAGAAAGUAAACCAGAUGAAACUGGAUUUUAUACUUCUGACGAAGAGGAUGAAGGUGGAUCUCUGGGAACCGAACUCCCUUUACCGUCCAAAAAUGAGGCAAUAACUGCUUUAGAUACUCUGAAAAGUUUUCUUAGAAGUCAAGAUAUGAAUGAUGGGCUUCAUAAUUCUUUAGCAGACAUUGAAAUUUUUGUUAACUCUUUAUCAUCUAAGUAAUUAUUUAUUGUGCAACAUCUGAAGAGUGAUAGCUUUUUCUAAUGUAUUUUACUAUAUUAGGUGGUUAAAAGGAAAAUAUCACUUAAACAUAAAAAAUGAAAAGCUAGAAUCUUUGGUUUAAUUGCAAAUGUCUUUAGUCUCUAGGUAGAUUAAAUUAAAUUAAAUGCAAAGUCCUCUACGUCGAUUAAAUAAUGAGUAAGUCAAUGAAAAAUAUAAAUUUCAACUUAAGAAGGUUUUAGGGAGUAGAAAAUGGAUUUCAUAGGCUUUGUACUUAAAAUACAUGACAUAUAUGUCGAAAAUAAAAAGAACUCUCCAGCUAUUUGAGUCAUGCUGGUUGAAUUGGUGAUUGCUAAUUUCUGUUUUUGUUUUUUUUUUUAAGUUCAGAUCAUGUUCUAGAAUAUUUUAAUUUAUCUACCUCAUCUAAGAAACAAAAUAUCUAUUGCUUAGAUGUUUAUUUUUAUAAACGUAUAUACUCUAACUAUACUCUUAAGUAUCAAGUGUUAAGUUUAAAUUACUUUUUUUCUCAUUACUAGCUAAUCUUCCUAAUAAAAAUUAUGAAAAACUACUGAAAAUAAAAUCUGACCCAGUUAUACACCAAAAUGAUUAAAAAUAUAUGUCUAACUUUUACAUUAUUUCUAUAUAAGGUCAAGAGAGACUAUGACCUUGUCAGAUUUUCAAAUUAUCUAUAACCAGAAGAUGAUAUGGAUUCUUCCUAUUUGUAUGUAUAUGUGUGUGUUUAAUAGAAAAGUACACAACUGAAACAUUUUUAAACUCUGAUAUUUAUUUUUAAUAAGAUUGCUCUUAAAAAGUAAAUAUGAAAAUACAUAUGCAGUUACUUAAGAAAGUAUGUGGUUCUUAGUUAGUUUUAUUU